UCGUCCACUGUCAUUCAUCACUCACAAGCUCGAACGAAAACUCAGUCUCUUUUCGUCUUCCUCGAUAUAGGCUGGCAUCCUUCACGUAUUGCAAUCCAGGAAUGACAAAGGUCCACCCUAACGCCGCCGUCACCCUCCCGACAGCCACCAUGUCCACGGUGGCGUCGGACAGAAAGGAGGCCGUCCUCACUGUGUGGAAGAAAUCUCUGCUGUUUAACUGUAACGGAUUCACCGUGUAUGACGGCAAAGGUGACCUGGUUUUCAGAGUCGAUAACUACAUGCAAGGCCACAAGGGUGAGAUCCUCCUCAUGGACGCCGCCGGCAAGCCUCUUCUCACCAUCCGCCGCAAGAGGUUGAGCCUUGGGGACAACUGGCUGGUGUACGACGGAGAAACGGUGGUUAAUCCGUUAUUUUCAGUGAGGAAAAAUGUGAAUAUUCUGAACAACAAGAGCUUGGCUCAAGUGAGCCGUACAAAUUGUGAGCAUAAUGGAACGGGAUCGUCUUCGUCAUCCAACAACAAGAACAUGAUGAUGUAUGAAAUAGAGGGAUCGUACGCGCAACGAUGCUGCGCUGUGUACGACGGAAAGAGAAGAGUAGCGGAGAUAAAGCAAAAAGAAGCAGUAGGAGGAGUGGCCUUCGGCGUCGAUGUAUUCCGUCUUAUAGUACAGCCGGAAAUCGAUACAUCAGUCGCCAUGGCCAUCGUUAUUCUCCUGGACAAGAUGUUCGGAUCUUCCCGACGCUUUUCCUCAUGAAUUUUCUCAUUUUUGCAACUUAGACAGUGAUUAUAUUUACUUUUUCCUUGUGGGAAUGGCAGGUUAUUGCACAUUAGAACCGCCACCGCUGACCACCGUCACUCACCCACCCUUUUUUCUUUUUUUCAAUUUCUGUGUCAAUAAAAGUUCGGUUUUUUUCCUUUUAUAUAAAAAAGCCAAGCUGAAAGUGGGGGUGCGUAUGUUAUACAUCCGAUAAAAUUUUCUUGCUCUUUUUUCUCUUGUCACUGCUGCGGGCAUUCCCGUGCCUGUCACUGCUGCAUGUACGUGUAAAUGCGUUAUCUUUAUGAUCAAUAAAUACCUAGGUAGAAGAA